UUCUCGCUGUCGGCGAGUCGGUGGAUCCCGAUCAAAAAAGCGACGGAGCUCGCGCGGUGCGGAUAUCAGACGGGUGAAUGAGGAAGGUGUGGAGAAGGAGUUCUCGGAAGCGUCGAGAUUGUGUCCGGAAUGCGGCGCAGUCACCGUGACACUUGGCGGCCCCGAGAAGAAGCUCGUCCGAGAGGAUCCCAGGGUGCGCCUCGAGGUCUCGUCAUGAGAUUCGGAUGAUAUACGGCGCUGUCCGUAUCGAGGAGCGCACCGGUGACAGCUGAACACUCAGCCGCGAGAAGCUCCCUCGGCUAAUGCCGCCGAAAGUGACAAACGUUCGAUGUCUAGUCGAACGAGAUCGAUUGGCACCAGGGUGGCAAGUGACGUGGGACUAAUUUAUAGCCUUCGAGCUGGACCAGUUUAUUGAAAAGUGUCGGAAACGCGUCAUCGUCUCUCGACAGUGCGUGAAAUAUUGGAUUUACUAUGAAAAAGGAAGAGUGAUGUUAAAAUAGUUUAAUAUUUCGUUUCAAGAAUCUACAACGACUGGCGGAAUAAAGACGGAGGUGAAGAUAUCGUGUAAAGGACCUGACGUGAUCAUUGAAAUUGAUAAACUGUUUGCCGGAAGCGUUUUGAGUCGCGUUCCAAGAAUUCUUAUCGAUGUGUGAUUCUCAAGUGUUUAGUGUUCUCCAAAACGGCUCCGGAAAAACCUCUUUCAGGACUCUUUUAAUGAGGAAAGCGACUUUGUAGUAGCUCGGAGAAAGCUUUCCCGCGUUCAAGGUUUUACAGACAAUAACGAAACAUGUUAGAAUUCUAUCCUCCGGCGCCUGGUUCUUUCAAUCGUCAAGGUGAACCAGGCCAACCCCUGCCGACGGUUCCACCUAUUCCUUUCCGGCCUACGUCCGAUAAUAACAAUGCAGAACCGUCCGUUUCCGUGAAGACGGAGUCCGGGCUUCUGGAGACGAUCUGCGCCGGCUGCGGCCGCACCAUCGUCGACAAGUACGUGAUGAGGGUGGCCGAGAGGAAUUACCACGAGGAGUGUCUCUCGUGCACGGCGUGCGGCGCGAUGCUGUCGCACUCGUGCUUCAUCCGUGACUUCAAGCUGUACUGCCGUUCCGAUUACGAGAGGAUCUUCGGGGUGAAGUGCGCGCGUUGCAUGGAGAAGAUCAGCUGCUCGGAUCUGGUGAUGCGGCCGGUGUCCGGCCUGGUGUUCCACGUGGAUUGCUUCGCGUGUUGCAUGUGCGGCCAGCCGUUGCCGAGGGGCGCCCACUAUAUUCUCAGACAGGGCCAGCCGAUCUGCAGACGGGACUUUGAGCACGAAAUGUUUCUAAACAGUCCGCAAGAUGAUGACUUAUUGGACGAGAAUCGACCACGGGACGGUCGUCGAGGUCCAAAACGGCCGCGAACGAUACUCACGUCUGCGCAACGACGUCAGUUCAAGGCAUCUUUCGAGGUGUCACCGAAACCCUGCAGGAAGGUACGAGAGGCCCUCGCCAAGGACACCGGUCUCAGCGUGCGUGUGGUCCAGGUGUGGUUCCAGAAUCAACGGGCAAAGAUGAAGAAGCUUCAGAGGAAGGCGAAAACCGAGCCGGGAUCCGACAAAGAACCGAAAGAGGAACGAAGGACGGAAAGUCCGCACAGCGAUCACAGUCAUUACUUGAACGCCCUGAACAUGCGCGAUGGGGAAUCUUCUAGCUUCCCCUCAGCCACCCAACCGCUCAACCCCAAUAACCCGUACUCGCCCGACGACGCGUAUCCAGGACACUCGGGGGAGAGCUUCUGCAGCAGCGACUUGUCCCUGGACGGGACGGACGGCGGCUUUGACAUCGGCGAGAACGACGGCGGCGGAGCGGACGGAAGUCACCAGGGCGCCUCGCAUUCCCAUCACGGCUCGUCAUCGCACGACACCCCAUCGCUGUCGCAGAGUCUGCACGCGGCCAUACACAAUCCCAUCGAUAAACUGUUUAUGAUGCAGAGUAGUUACUUCAGCGGUGAUCACGCGUAAUCCAAGUUUUCCUUUCCUCGAUCUCGCGUCGCUUAUUUCGUCCUCCUCGUCCUUUUCUGUAUCCCCGUUCCCUUGCAUCCCUGUCCUGUCAAAAUUGGCUUCGUUGCGUCAACGAAGGUGACGACAUUACUUUUUAUUUCUGUAUCGAGAGGAUGAUGAUCGCGAUGAAAUAAAGAUAUAUUUCGUUCUCCGCGCGAUUUAUUAACUUAUUUAUUAUUAACCCAUUUCCGGUCAACGUCUUGUAUAUUUUUCUUCUACAUAUGAUAAAUGCCAAAUGUUUCUAUAUAUAUAUUUUUUUUAAUUUCGCGGUGUUGACGCAACGUCAAAAAAUUCUCUUCGAAAUGUUUGCUUUCCUUUAUUGAAGAAUGAAAAUCUGUAUUCGUCUGUGUGUAAUAAAUAGAUAUUCAUAAAUA